UUUAUAAAGUAGUGGUGAAGAAUUGUAUGCAAUUAUGCAUGUGUUGUGUGGGGCCCACAAGAAUGAAAUAAACAAUGAAGAAGACAAUAUUAUUAUUAUUAUUAAUAUUAAUUUUACACAAACCAAUAUCAAACAAACAAACCUCUCUACUCAUUUCUCUAACCCAUUAUUGGCUCUCUCUCUCUUUCAUUUGAUUUAGAGAGAGAAAACCUCUGUGCUGUGUUGUCUCUCACUGUACACACACACACUUUCAUGAGAGUCGGCUUAGGAUCCAAAUAAGGAGUGGAGCGAGGUUUUGGGCGACAAACAAGAUAAAGACUGUAUCUUUAAGAUUUUCCUUUUUUUUUUUUUCUCAUUUGGGGGUGUUACUCUUGAUCUUUAGGACAAACAAACAACUGGGUUUUCUUAAAUUUUCCGAAUUUUAAUCUGGGUUUAUCUUUGUUUUUCAUUUUCAGAUUAGUUUCAAAACAAAUCUGUUGAAUUUUUUUUGGAUUAAAGAUUCGAUUUUUACAUAACUAACACCAUUGAAUUUGAGCUUCUUUUUUUUUUUUCAAUGAGUUGGAAUUAGAUUUGUUUAUAAUGGCUCAAGAGGAUCAUUACCAAGAUCAAAUGUGUAGUAGUAGUGGUAGUGGUAGCGUUGGAAAAGGAUCAAAGAAGAAAAACAAAGCCCCACAAAGAGGACUUGGUGUGGCACAGCUUGAGAAAAUCAUAUCAGAAGAACAGAAUAAGAAUAAGAAUAUCAAGAAUGGUGGUCAACCUGUUUCUUCUUCUGAUCAAUUGGCUCAACAAAGAGAUUGUUCUUCUGAGUUGUUUAGUGUUCAUAAGGAAGAGAAUACUCAUACUUAUAACAACCCCAUUUGGGCUCUUUCUGAUUUGGCUCAAAGACCACCACCACCACCACCACCACCACAACCACCAGUUCCAUUACCACCCCAAUAUCAGCCCCCUUACUAUUCAAUGGUGAAUAUGCCAAGAUCAACUUGGGUGGCACCAGAAGUGAACUUUCAAAUGGAUCCACAUUAUACCAACUAUUCUUCUUCAUCAUUACAUGUUUGGCAAGAGAAAGACAAGGUGAUUGCCCCAUCAUCAACUUUUGUGCCUUCUCAGUUGUAUUAUCAUAUAGAGCCCCCUUCAAACCAAAGCUACAAUAGCAACUAUACACAACAUGUUCAGCAGGAGAAAGAAGAGAUGAUUUCGAAAAAGAGGCAAUACCCCUUUGCAGAGAAUCCAUCAGUUCCCUCUUUCAACUUAAAGAAACCAACUUUUUUUACUCCAACUAUAGGAGAUGGAUCAUCAUCAUAUGGAAAUGAAGUAACUUUCUUCAAUCCAGAACAUAUCAGCUCACAUUUCAGAGAUGAAUACCCUUCUUCUUCUUCAUGCCCAACUUCAGUUCCAAAGCUAAACACCAGAGAAAACAACACAGUUUCGAAAGAAGAUUUUCUCGCGCUCGGUUAUCCAACAACAUCUUCAGCUUCAAAGUUGAGUCUUGGCUCAUUUUAUCAACCAUUCCCAAACUACAUCAAUCCACACAAUUUUGGAACAAUCCCAAUUCAAGGAAGUGUAGAAGAGCCAAUUUUCCAACAUGGGUUUCUUAGUGGCUCAUCAACCGAACAACUUGUGCCUUUACACAACUUGUUCCCACCACCACCAACAAAGGAAAAUCACCAUGAAGUAGCAGUUGAAAAACAAAAGAGUACUAAUGGUGAUGAUGAAAAUAUUGACCUCACUUUGAAGUUAUAAAAUGGUAUUUAUCUUGUCUCUUUUGCCAAAGAUUACAAGUAGGAUAUUAUAUAUCAGUCAUAUAGAUAUGACACCUUUUUUUGUAGGUUUUGAAAUUUUGGUGUCUUUUUUGUUUUGGUUAUGGAUUAGUUGGAGUAUGAUUGAUAUAUGAGAGAAUCAUCAUCAACAACAACAUUUGGUGUGUGUUUGGAUUGGAUUGGAUUGUGAGGAUCUGAAAAUAUGCUUUUGAUUAGUCUUUGUUUUCACAUGGGGUUGAGCUGUGAUGUUAGUGACCACCAUUGAGUUUGAGAGUGACUUUGUUUUGAUGUGUUUGCUAAGUAAAGAUGAUGACAAAAGCAAUGGACCCUUCUAAGGUUGUACAAACAGAAUAAGUUACAAACUCA